CCGCGCCUGUUUACCUCCGGGGGUAUCGAGUUCGGGCUGCCGGAGUUAGGAAGCUUCCAUCCCUAGCUUAUAGUGCACUGCUCUGCGGCGCACCGGAUUUUGGAAAUUUCAAAUGGCCAAACUACUGCAGUCUCCACCGAAGUUUCUACUCUCAGAGUGGAUUAUUGCUAACAAGGACCAGUAUCACAGAGCAAAUGCCCAAAGGUCCCAGUCUGAACGCCUGGUGUCAGAAAGCCAAAGGCUUGUGGAAGAAAUAGAAAAAUCUACCAAAAGAUCGCAAAGUGAUGUGAACAAGAAAUUAGAACAGAGACUUGAGGAACUCAGAUUCUGGAAAAAGGAGUUAGAGAACAAACUUGAGCAGCUUUCAUAUGAAACCGAGGAUUUACUAUCAUAUCAGAUCAGAUUGGAAAAAGCCUUGGAGAGCUUAAAAGAGCCCAUGCACAUCAAUCAUAUGUGCAUGGAAUACAGGGAGAAGCGAAUUGGCAUUGACUUGGUGAAUGAUGAGGUGGAACAGGAACUUAUAAAGGAAGAUGAAAUCAUUAAGGGUGUGAGGGCCCUGCUGACCCGUACCCUGGAAGAGACAUCUGAACAGAUCAGACUGAACCGCUCUGCCAAGUACAAUCUUGAAAGGGAUGCGAAAGACAAGUAUAUGGCCCUGACGAUCGAUGAUAUCUGCUUCUCACUCAACAACAACUCACCAAACAUCAGAUAUUCUGAGAAUGUUUUGAGAGUUGAACCACACUCUGUGAGUCUGGAAGACUGGAUGGAGUUCUCCAAUGCCAAUGUGGAGAAAGCUGACAAGCAAAGGAACAACUCCCUGACACUCAAGUCCCUGGUGGACCGAAUCCUGUCCCAGACAGCUGGUGACCUGCGGCACCAAUGUGAUGUGGUAGACACAGCAUUCAAGAAUGGGCUGGCAGUGGUCAAGGAUGCUAGGGACAAGCUGGCUGAUCACCUGGCCAAGGUCAUGGAAGAGAUUGCGUCCCAGGAAAAAAACAUCGCAACUCUUGAAAAGGCCAUCCUUGACCAAGAAGGGCCUGCUAAACUGGCUCAUACUCGCCUGGAGAACAGGACACGGCGGCCAAAUGUGGAGCUGUGCCGAGAUGUUGCUCAGUAUAGGCUGAUAAAGGAGAUUAAUGAGAUUACCACCAAUGUUGCAAGAUUGAAGGAAACAUUAGCCAAAGCUCAGAUGGAACUGAAAGGGCUGAACCGCAGACAGCUGGCCCUGCAGGAGGAGAUCCAGGAAGUCAAAACCAGGACUUCAAAUGUAUAAGUCAUGAAUUCUACGACUGAGCCAUAUCCCUGGAUCAUCCUCACACCUCCUCAUUAAUUUUACUCAGAUUUCUUUGAUAUAGCACUGGGUUACAAUACUGUAAAAUGUUGGAGAACAGCCUCACAAUUCUAUGUGUAUAUGUAUAGGUCUCACUGUACCCUACCACCUAAAAGUCCAGUGCCAGCAUGCUAUCAAAAUGACCCCUACCCCCAUUCCUCCUUUUCUUUCCCUCAGAACCACAAAACUGGAACUUUAAGGAACCUAGAAUGUCUAGAAACUUAAGCAUGAAUGUGGACACAAUACAAAAGGCAAGACAAAAUUUGGAAUAAGACAUUUUUUCAAAAGUAUUCUGAGAUUUUAUUAAUAUAUGUAUUUAAAACCCUAUUUCAACUCUGUGCAAUCAUCUCAAAACACUAAUGUAAUUCAUGUUUUAUAUUUAUAAUUAGAAUUCAUAAUUAUACCCUAUUUAAAACACCUGAAUUCCCCCAUUAUAAAAAUAACAUAUACCAUUGUAGAAAAAUUGGAAUCUAGGAAAAGCAUAAAAAGAAAAAUAAAAGCCAUAGUUCCAUUAUCUAGAAAUAACUAUACCAUUAUUGGUGUAUCUCUUCUAUGAUUUAAGAAAGAAAGACCUCUUC